UUUUACCUAGACAUAUUGUACCUUUCACGCAUGCUAUUCCACGCACCAGGUCAACCAGUAGGUUAAACGUUGUUGUAAACGGCCCCUUGUGUAGACAAGACGUAUCUUUGUAAGCACAAACAGCAACCUGUAUGAAAGGAUGAUUGCCUUCGUUUGGUUGUCUCUGUGUGGUCUAAUCACCCAUGCCUUUGGGCAGACAGAUUAUUCGUCAUGUUGCAGCAAUUUUCCUGACAGCAGUUUCUGUGGCUGUGAGAACGCCGUUAUCCAAUGCCAUGGCCUCAUCACCACCCCAAGUCUGAGACAAGAUCGUCGAUGUCGGGUUGUAGAUAUCAGAGACAGUAGUUUACCAAUCAAAGCCUAUGAUUUUAAUCACAUACAGACGGACAGACUAAUUCUUAGCAACAAUAACCUCAACGACUCAAAUAUCAACCCCCUUGCAUUCAACAACAUGAAAGGCACCUUAAAGGAACUCGUGUUGUCUAACAAUUCCUUAACGGCUCUGCCCGCCUCAGUAAAGGAGUUGGAGCACUUAGAACUGUUGGAUUUAUCGGGAAAUCCAAUAGCGUCCAACAAUUUUGAUGAUGAUAUCCUGAGGGACAUCGGCGAUACCUUAAUCGAUUUGAAAAUAGGUGGACCCAAUAUAACCUCGUGGCCUUCUUCUUUUUACCAUCUUCAGGCAUUGCAAAAUUUGACCAUUACUGAGUCGCACUUCACAUUAUUGCCAGUUGAUGCUUUCCACGGAUUUCAAGGGACACUAAAGGAGCUUACUAUUCAGCACAGUCAGUUGACGUCAGUUCCCCUAGCUGUGGCUAGAUUAAGGUAUUUAGAGGUGUUGCGUUUUGAUGACAAUUAUAACGUCGGUGACCACGGUAUGAGAGCGCCAAUCGUUCCAGGCUUAUUGCCCUAUCUGUACAACGUGUCCUUACAGGCAGACAACAUAACCGUCUUUCCACAAAUUUUAGGAUCUUUUGAGAAACUUCAAAAUGUAGUUCUGGACAGAAACAGACUGAAGUUUGUCAGCGACGAAUCAGCAAUCGCUGUCAAUCGGGCAUCAACUUUGAGUCUUCGCGACUCCGGAUUGACGAGAAUCCCCGAAGCCAUUCAACGAAUUGCCGCUUUGGACGCACUAGAUCUCUCGAACAAUAAAAUACACAGCGUGGAAACUAAAGACUUGCGGCAGCUUGUAAGCUUAAAGUCCCUUCUUUUCAACAACAAUCCCAUUCUAUACAUGUCACCGAACGCACUGGACAACAACGUAUUGUUAGAUAGAAUAGAACUACGAUCCACCAACCUUACCAAAGUUCCUUGUGCCAUCAGAGGUUUGAUGGCAGCCCAUUCACAUACUGGACGAAGCUCCACCAUCACUGUUGAUCUCCAAUUUAAUCGCAUUCAAUGUACCUGCGAACUUCAAUGGCUCUAUGCAGCCAUUACUAGCAUGCCUUCCAUUUCUAUUACAUUUGAAGGAACUUGUGACACGAUUGUAAUGAGUAUUCAAGAUUAUAUCGAUUCGAAUUUAUCAUCAUGCCCCAGUGGAGGUCAGUGUUCCUAAACACCUCCCAAUAGAAAUCAAUAAAAUAUUGUUUGUAUCUUGAAA